AUGUCGUGGAAAAAGUCGACCGAGCUCAUGGACACGAUCCGCCAUUAUGCAAACUNNUUCCCUGCUACUGGCGUGAGUCUACGCCAGAUGGUCCAGUUUGGCGAGCGCCCGUCAGUUGAAGAGCUGCCCAUACGUUUGGCGCACCGCGUGCAAGAGCUCCAAGAGUUGCCCGACGGACUGGGCGACAUGCCCUCGAUCGGCCGAGUACGAGACUGGUACGCACAGUCCUUCGAGGAAAUCACCACCCUAUCGAAGCCUACCCUCUCGUCCGAAAUCCGCGAACGCCUCCUCAAACCCCAGAAUGGCAAGAACUCGCGCAUCUUGAGUGAGGCUACCAAGAAUCCAAGCGUCAAUCAGGGCCAGUACCGCUCUCAGCUCCAUCACAACAACCACGACCAUGCCGAGAGGAAGAACUCGCUCAAGCGUUACUAUAGUGCUGGUGACGAUACCAGCGAAUGGCCGCCAGAGUUGAAUGACUACAACACUCGCUUUUCAAAGACUCUCGAGAAGAUCAAGCGCCGUCACGAUAGCGUCGUGACCACCGUCGCACAAGGCAUCCUCGAGUACAAGCGCAAGCGUCAACGAAUGCAAAUAGACCACAACAUCCAGGCUUUCCUCGACCGCUUCUACAUGUCCCGUAUCGGCAUCCGUAUGCUGAUCGGACAACACAUCGCCUUGACCGAUCAAAGAGCCCACUCGGACCCCAACUACGUCGGAAUCAUCUGUACAAAGACAAACGUGCGCGACCUGGCCCAAGAAGCUAUCGAGAACGCUCGCUUUGUAUGUGAGGAUCACUACGGUCUAUUCGAUGCCCCCAAAGUCCAACUCGUCUGCAACCCCGACCUCAACUUCAUGUACGUCCCUGGCCAUCUGUCGCACAUGCUUUUCGAGACGCUCAAGAACUCUCUUCGUGCCGUCGUCGAGACCCACGGCCAAGACAAGGAAGAAUUCCCCGUCACCAAAGUCGUCGUCGCCGAAGGAAAGGAAGACAUCACAAUCAAGAUCUCGGACGAGGGUGGUGGUAUUCCAAGAAGCGCCAUCCCACUUGUCUGGACCUACAUGUACACCACUGUCGACCAAACGCCUACACUUGACCCUGACUUCAAUAAGAGCGACUUCAAGGCUCCAAUGGCAGGUUUCGGUUAUGGAUUGCCCAUCUCCAGAUUAUACGCCCGUUACUUCGGUGGAGACUUGAAGCUAAUCAGUAUGGAGGNNGGUAACUACGGCACUGAUGUCUAUCUCCACCUGAAUCGUCUGUCUUCCUCUUCCGAGCCACUCCAGUGA